CUAAAAAAAAAGCAAAAAAAUAUAGCCGGGUUCCCUGUGGCAUAGUCUGGGUAAUCGAGACUCUUGGUAAACAGGAUAACAGAGGACGGUAACAGAUCAUCCAGCAAGCAAUGGAAAUUUUAGCUCAUGAACGAACUGAGCGCUACAUCCAAAAUGAAAAUGAAUUUUCAAAGAGUGCCAAUUUCAACCAGAUAAAACCAUUUUUCGACGGAGACUCGCUCAGUGAACGAAUGAACAAAAUCAGAGAGGGGAUUAUAUACAUCCGAGAAUAUUGGAAUCACUACGACGAAUUCACAAAUGCUGUUCAGAACUAUAUCACCCAAAAUGUGGAAGACACAGAGGCAAAGGUAAUGAUGGAAGAGGUUCUGAAGUCAAAAAAAGAUUGGGCCAAAUCCAGGGAGGAUGUUGACAGUGGAUUCAAGGCAAUACGAUUAUACACUUCUGUGAAGGGAUAUAACGAAAUAUUUUCUCUCGUUAAUCGUGUAUUCAGGGAUGACGCUUCCACGACUCAACAGGAACUGAUCAUAAUUGCAGUGUUUGUGAUCGAACUCAUCAAUAUCGAUCUGUUUAACUACUGUUUAAGUCAUGACAGAUUCAAUAAUUUCACGGGAGUCGUGUACCGAGGCAUGGCUCUAAAGGAGUCAGACUAUGGAGCCUUUAAAGCUUUGCGAAAUAAAGAAAUUUCCGGACGAUACAUCGCGAUUCCACUCUGUCUCAUGUCUACCAGUACUAGUUUGAAAAUAGCAAACAGCUUUAUCAAGAGAAUAAUGCGAGGACGUGUUGAUCACAAGCCACUACUGAUGAAAAUCCACGUGAUAGAGCUGGAGAAAGAAUAUUUGGAGCACUACAGGAGGCGAUUUCCCACAAGCGUCGUAAGCACGAUAUGCGCAGUAGAUAUCAAAGAUCUGUCGCUAAUGUCUCACGAGAAGGAAGUGAUACUUCGAGGGCCAUUUUUUCAGGUUCUCGAUUUUUACGAUGGUGAAGUUAUUGAAAACCAGACGUGCAAAGUUUUAGAGAUGGUCAUGCUGAAUACAAAUCGUGACCAUAUAAGUACCAUGCAACUGGGACAAGACAGCGCACUUGCUCGACAGCUCUUUGGYAACAUGGUGGCAGCAACAAGAUGCAAGUUUGCCAUAAAAUACUACGAGGAUAAAGGGCUGCAUAGAGAUGUAGAAGAAUACAAGAAACUACUGACAGAAAAGUUGGACAAAUUGAAAGAACUCAUGAAAAAUUAAAAAUUAAAUGCAUGGGCAUCUUGAUUAUCCUUUACAUUCAAACAGCUGUUGUUUUAUAUAAGGAAAUAUGUUUUAAAAACUUUUUAUAUUCGCCUUCUUUAUUUUAAAGUAGUGAAAGCGGAAAAUCGGACACAUGUAUAAUUUUUGAUAAAUAAUAUCUCUACUGUAUAGGAUUUCCUGUGUCAGUGUCGGAUCCAGGAUAUUUCAAAGCGGGGUUCCGUUUCUUAAACUGUGUAUAAGUUUUUAUUUUAUGUUAAAAUAAACACCCUCUGAGUAUUCUA